AUACGCCCACAAUGGUAGCAGCGACGAGCCUUGAACCGAUUAAGCUGCCCAAUUAUUUGGGAAGUGCUCUAAUGAUAAAUGUAAAACUAGAAGGACAAGAGGGCACAAAAUAUUAUAGCAGUAGUCAAUUAUUGAUGACACACUUGUGUCUUUGGACAGGUCACCUAAAAAACUGUACUUAGGCAAGACAUUGCUCCAACCAAGUGGUCACUACUGGGUUGUCGGGUUACCUUGUGUUUAUUAAUACAUAGUAAAGUAAUUCCAUUUUUCCCUCAUCCAGGAUGAAGAAGAAGAUCUUCUGCUCCAUUGUGACUUUGAUCUCGCAUCUGAUGAUGAUGACUUGAUGAUGUUGGAAGCUUGUGAGAGGGCAGAGACUUCGUAUCACUCAAACAACAUCCAAGACCAGGAGGAUGGAUCAAAUGGGAGAAAUGCUGGACCGGAGGGACAGUUUGAGCUCUCAGAGGAGUUAGCUAAUGUUGGAAGUUGGUCUCCAGUUCCUGUGGAUGAACCAUCAGAGGUUGGGAGUCCCCACAUCAUGAUGAAUGAAGAUGAAGCUCCCUGCAUCAAUCACCAGUCCUCUUUUCACCACUUGGAGGCCAUCAACAGGCCAAAAUCAGUUCCAGCUGAAAAUGUGACAUCAUUUGAUUUCUGGGGAAUUCCCAAAGCGCCGGACAAAGUUAAAAAGACUCAUGAUUUGGCGGAUGCUCGAAAAAUGUUUGAUUCUAUUUUUGAUGGAAUAUUUUAA